AUGACAGUCGAUACUCCGUUAUCUAAUGGGCAUACCGCCAAUGCCAAGUCCAAGUCUACCGAAUCAGAUGGUACGAACGGAGAGGAACCAAUCUUGACUCCUAUCAUAGCCAAACAGGUGAAAGUCCGGCCGAAAGAAGAACCCACAGUGGAGAAGACACCGUCAUGGAAUUAUUUAACGUUCUUAUUGAUCUUGACGGUCUUACCGGUUUAUCUAUCUAAAUUACAUUACAAGUUACCUGAAAGAUUAGAGCCAUACGACGUGAAUGGAAUUCCACAACCUUCAGAACAACUUAUCCUGGGUCAUAUAGAUUCUCUAGAAAAUAUAGGAUACAGAACGGUCGGUACUUCUGAAGCUGUAAAAGGUGAAGAAUACGUUCUAGGGGAAGUCCGGAAGAUCGUUAGUAGAUGUGAGGAAGGUGAUGUAUUGAAUUGCGAGUGGUGGGUUCAGCAAGGUUCUGGAUUUCAUUCAUUUGACAUUUUAGAUCAUGAAGUGCUCAAAGCCUACAAUGGAAUCACCAACAUAAUUCUCAAAUUAUCAGCCAAGAAUCCACCUUCUUACAAUGAGACUGCGAAACGACCAGAGAAAGAUGCAGUUCUGCUAGGAGCUCAUAUGGACUCGACUUUACCUUCUCCUGGUGCUGCCGACGAUGGUAUGGGAGUUGGAGUCAUGUUGGACCUGGCUAGAGUUCUGGUAGAAAGGGAUAGACCAUUUGACGGUUCUGUCAUAUUCAUGUGGAAUGGGGAAACACUCCAGGAUGGGUCGCACCUAUAUUCGACACAACAUCCAACGAGACAUCAGGUACGAGCUAUGAUCAAUUUGGAAGCCGCGGGAAGUACAGGAGGUGCUUUAUUGUUCCAAGCGACAAGUAAAGAGAUGAUUGAGGCUUAUUCUCAUUCUCCACACCCACGAGGGACUGUCAUCGCGGCUGAUGUGUUCUCCUCUGGUAUUAUCAUGUCCGAUACGGAUUUUGUCCAAUUCGAAAAAUACCUUGGAGUAUCAGGCCUGGAUAUGGCCACUGUGGGACAUAGUUAUUUUUACCAUACGAAAAAAGACUCAAUCAAAUACAUCGAGCCUGGUUCAGCCCAACAUUUCGCCAACAACAUGAUCGCCAUCCUUGAUUACUUGACCUCACCUGAAUCACCUCUACUCCAAGUUGAAGAAUUCUCUCCACCUGAUAUGGUCUACUUCUCCUUAUUCGAUCUGGUAUUUGUUCAUUGGCCUGUGAACGCUGCGAACAGCGUAUACACCUCUUUAGCUGUUAUCGCUGGCGCUUUGGCCCUCCGACAAUUGAGCAAGAAAAGGUGGAAAGCGUUCUUGGUAGCUUUGAUAGGCACUCCGCUGGGACUUGUUGGUGGCGCGUUAAGUGCCAAUCUCCUAGCAGCGGUCUUGGUCUUAGCUGGUAAAGGUCAACUAUGGUUCCGACAUGAACAUCUCCCAUUACUCGUGUAUCUCCCAGCAGGAUUUAUCGGACAUUUCUCAGUUCAGCUUUUACUUUCUAAGUUACUUUCACCGGUCGACCGAACCAAAUUGGAAUCUGCGCAUUAUACUUGUCAGACCCUUUUCGCUAUCACACUCAUGAUGGUCCUACAAUCUUCGAAGGUCAGAUCGGCCUAUUUGUUCUCUUUCCUCGCUGCAUUACUCCUGGUUGGCGGGUUGUUGGAUGAAUUCUCUAGAUUGAUUGGAGGAAGGAACGCAGAAGGGAUGAAGAUCAAAACGACGUACCUGAUACCUCUCAUUGGCUGUACUACUUUAGCUGUUGAGGCUGUUACCACGACGCUGGAUAUCUUUACGCCGUUAGCGGGAAGGAUGGGCAAAGACGCUCCAGCAGAGUUCAUCAUCGCCACCAUCUCAUCCGUAUCAGGCUUUAUCUUCUUCCCGACUUUCAUACCUCUCUUCCAUCGUGCACCUAGAUCGUCCCAACGGAAGGUCGUCCUGGGCGUGUUAUUGUUCUUAGCGGGAGUUUUGACUGCUCUGGCAGGUCCAUGGUAUUGGCCUUAUGAUGAUAUGCACCCUAAGAGAGUAGGUGUGCAAUAUCUAUACAAUCACACUUCCGGAGAACAUACAGGUCAUAUAGCAUUCAUGGAUCGAGGACCGACAGCGAACAUUGUCGAGUCGAUCCACACUCAUUUCGGUAAAAACGGUUCAGAAGUGGUCAACACUCAAUUGACGGAUUAUGACUCCGAUUGGGAUACCGUAUAUCCCAUAUCUAGCUUUUUGGAUACGUAUAAAUUCCCUUUGGAAGUUUCAAGAGAGGAUGAACAUUUUGAAUGGCCAAGUAUCGGAUUCUAUACUCAGGAGGUAUCUUGGGAAUACGCUACGAGGGUAUUGAAAUUGAGAUUUGUCUUUAAAGGAUUAGUUUGGCCUACAUUAGCAUUUGAAGCUUCCGUCUUAAGAUGGUCAUUCGACUUACCACCUCCGAUACCGAAAAUGAGACAUCAUAUCAAAGUUGCCACGUCGGUCGAUGAACAUGUACAAGAUUUGAACUUGACGUUGAGGAUGGAUGUUGGUGAGAAGUUACAGAUCCAUUGGACAGCUAUAGACUUGAAUCAAAUGGUACCUGGGACUGCAUCUCGCUUAGGACCUGAGAUGCCAGCUUCGAAAUGGUUAACAUCCAUCGAUCAAUGGGCGGAAAAGGAAUAUGAAGGUAGUUUGGAGAUUAUGAUGAAUGGUGUGGUAUGUGGUGUGAUUGAAGUGUAA